AUUCAGGAGAUUAAAUGGUAGGAGAGAAAAGUAAGGAAGUGGGUAAUUCAGGGUACAAACUGUGGUUUACCGGAAAGGAGAGAAACAAGAACGGAGUGGGCAUAAUCAUAGACAGGACAUUGAAAGACGCAGUAAUAGCUGUGAAAAGAGUAAGAGAUAGAAUUAUACUAGUAAAGCUAGUACUAGAAGGAGAAACAAUAAAUAUAGUUAGUGCUUAUGCCCCACAAAUAGGACUAGACAGUGAGAGUAAACAAAGGUUUUGGGAAGAUAUGGAUGAUUUACUGCAAAGCAUACCGAAUGAAGAUAAUGUUUUCAUUGGUGGAGAUUUGAAUAGGCAUGUAGGGAGUGAUAGACAAGGUUAUGAGAAUGUUCAUGGAGGUUUUGGUUUUGGCAGUCGAAAUGAAGAGGGAAAAAGCAUCUUGGAUUUUGCUAUGGCAUACGACCUAAUACUGGCAAAUACCUACUUUAUAAAAAGAGAGUCACAUUUAGUGACUUUCAAAAGUGGGCAACAUAGAAGCCAAAUCGACUUCCUCUUAACUAGGAAGACAAAUAGAGCUCUAUGCAAAGAUUGCAAGGUCAUUCCAGGAGAGGCUUUAACGAGUCAACAUCGGUUAGUGGUCUUGGAUGUCAAGUUUAGGAACAAUUCAAGUAAGGUCAGAAGAAAUAGUGUAGCUCGAACAAAGUGGUGGGAGUUCAAAGGAAUAAAGCAAGUGAAGUUCAAAAAUGAGCUUCUCGAGUCCGAAGUAUGGAAGCUGGAUAUGGAGGCCAAUGAUAUGUGGAUACAGAUGGCGUCAAAGAUUAGAGAAGUAGCUAGAAAAGUACUUGGAGAGUCUAAAGGACAUGGACCACCCUCAAAAGAGAGAUGGUGGUGGAAUGAGAAAGUACAAAAAGCAGUGAAGAGAAAAAGGGAAUGGUAUAAGAAAUUACCUAAAUGUGAUAAUAAUGAGGCAUAUGAACAGUACAAGAUAGCAAAGAAAGAGGCAAAAAAGGCAGUUAGUCAAGCAAGAGCACAGGCCUUUGAAAAGUUAUAUGAGAAACUUGGAACUAAAGAAGGGGAGAAAGAUAUUUAUAGAUUAGCAAGGAUGAGAGAAAGGAAAUGUCAAGAUCUCAAUCAAGUUAGGUGCAUCAAGGAUAAAGAAGGAAAAGUGUUGGUGAAAGAUGAGGACAUUAAAGAAAGAUGGAGAAAUUAUUUUAAUGAUCUCUUUAAUAAUAGUCAAAAUGGUAAUAGCGUGAAUAUAGAUUAUAGAACAAUAGAAAAGAAUGUGAAUUAUACUAGAAGGAUUAGAUCUUUAGAAGUAAAGGAAGCACUUAAGAGAAUGAAAGUGGGUAAAGCCUGUGGACCCGAUGAAAUACCAAUUGAAGUGUGGAAGUAUUUGGGAGAUAUGGGAGUUGCAUGGUUAACUAAAUUAUUUAAUAAGAUUAUAAACUCAAAGAAAAUGCCUGAUGAAUGGAGGAAGAGUAUUUUAGUACCUAUUUUUUAAAAAAAGGGAGACAUACAGAGUUGCUCAAACUAUAGGGGAAUUAAACUCAUGAGUCAUACUAUGAAGUUGUGGGAGAGAGUUGUGGAG